ACAAAAAUCAUAAAUUCCUACCUAUGUAGAAGAAUAGAAGAUGCAUAUGAUAAUGCUAAGCUCUUUAUCCUUUCUCUAAUGGAUUCCCUUUCUCUUCUCCUCUCUUAUCCAAAACUCUCCCCCACAAAGCCCUUCUCCUUUCUCUCAAACCCUAAUUCACCUCCCAACAAAAAACCCCAAAUUUCAUCCCUCAAACCCCAUUCUCCAUUCUCACUUCAAAAUCCCCUCACAAAAUCAUGCUUUUCACUUGCUACAAUCAACCUUCUCACUCCACUCCAAUCCCUCGCCGUCGAACCCACAUUACUCGAAUCAGACGCAGGCCGAAUCAACUUGGAAACAAUUCUUGUCUCCAUUGAUGAUUUCUUCAACCGUUAUCCAUUUUUUGUUGCUGCAUGUUUCUUAGUUUAUCUCGUUGGUAUCCCUUUAGCAGAAGAGUAUUUCAGGAAGUAUAAAUUUGUGUCAGCUAUUGAUGCUUUCAGGAAGCUCCGGGAUGAACCGGAGUCGCAGUUGUUGGAUAUAAGGGAUAGGAAGAAUGUGAAGUUUCUUCGGUCGCCUAAUUUGAUGAUGUUGAAGAAGGAAGUGGUGCAGGUUGAGUUUAAUGAAGGGAAUGAAGAUGGGUUUGUGAAGAAAGUUUUGGAGAGAUUCCAGGAUGCUUCUAAUACUGUUGUAUUUAUUUUGGACAGUUUCGACGGUAAUUCCUUGAAAGUUGCUGAAUUGUUAUUCAAGAAUGGUUUCAAAGAGGCCUAUGCAAUCAAAGGUGGAGUUAGAGGCCAGCAAGGGUGGAUGGCUAUACAGGAUACCCUUUUGCCCCCUCCUGUGCAUAUGAACCAAAGGAAAAAGACUAAAGUGCCACAAGAGCUCAGUACAAAUGGAAAUGGGUCCAUUCAGCAGAAUGAUAGUAAUAAUGAAAGUGUGUUAUCCUCAGAUAUCCCUGCAGUUGGAAACCAAGAGACAGAAAAUGGUCAUGUGAAAAGGUCUGUUGAGUCCAAUCCGAAAAUGAAACUCGGAUCGGUAGUUUCCUAUUCUCCCUAUCCCAAUUACCCAGAUUUAAAGCCCCCAUCAUCUCCAACUCCAUCAAAGCCACAAUGAUGAUGUUAGCUAUACCAUAGAAUCUUUGGAGAAAAAUUAUUUAUUCCAGGACGAUUUAAUUUGGUGACUUUUUUAAUUCACACAAACAUUCUUUCUCUACUUGUUGAAUUUUAGAGAUAGUGUAAAGUAUGUAUUCGACUUAAACUUUACAAAAUGUUAAUCUGGUUCCGAUUGUUUAAUAA